UGGUUUUCUUUUUCUUUUCUUUUCUUUUCUGUUUCUGUUUCUUUCCACCCCUUUGAUCGGUAAAUGUUACUCAACGCUCCGAGGUCGCUUCUAUAGCCACAAAGAUUCUGUCCGCUCCCAAUCCACAAUACCAGCAAGCCUUCUAAACUAGGACAAACGAACAAAAAUGUUGGAUAGAAAGGAAGAUAUAUCCACCAUGUCCGAAAACCCAACUGCCUCUGCCUCCCUCACACUGCUGUCAGAUUUGACCCCUCCAUCCCUCGAUCGCACGUGGUUGACCGCACCCCAUCCCUCUCUCCCCAUUGUUGCGACCUGUAGCUCUGAUAAAACUGUCCGUGUAUACUCGCUAACCAACUUUCGGCUUCUCUCAACCAUUUCGGGCGGCCACAAACGCAGCGUGCGCACAUGUGCCUGGAAACCACACGUGCAAGGCGAAAGUGUUCUGGCGACAGGGAGCUUCGAUGCAACAGUGGGGAUCUGGCGACGGUGGGACAGCUACGGUCGGGCAGAGGAUGGCACAGAUGCCUGGGGCUUGAGCUCAGAGAUACUCGACGGCAAUGGGCGUGAUACUCAGGAAGAUGAAGAAGAUGAAGAAUGGCGAUUUGCGGUCCUCCUAGAUGGACAUGACAGCGAAGUCAAGUCGGUGUCAUGGUCGCCAUCCGGGAUGUUGUUGGCGACAUGCUCCCGGGACAAGUCAAUCUGGAUCUGGGAAGACCUGGAUGACGGUGACAACAAUUUCGAGACCGUGGCUGUCAUGCAGGAACAUGAAGGCGAUGUAAAAUGCGUCGCCUGGCAUCCCGUGGAGGAGUGUCUGGCCAGCGCCAGCUACGACGACACCAUCCGGUUGUGGCGUGAGGAUAUCGACGACUGGGGCCAGGUUGCGUGCAUCAAGGGUCAUACGGGAACUGUCUGGUAUUUAGACUGGGAAGGUAUUGACAACGUGCCAUCUACUGCUGCGGUGUGUGAGCAGGGCACAUCCCUGUCUGCUGAAUGGAAGGACCAGCAUGCCAUGUCUGGCCCUCGUCUCGCCUCAUGCUCCGAUGACAGAACAGUCCGCAUCUGGAAACGGAGGCCUAAAGAACAGCAGGCACAAUCGCAGGUUAAUAGUACGAGCAUACCUAGUAUCAUCCGGCCAGCAGGCACCGAUGAGACGUGGGAAGAAGACGUUCUUCUCCCACAAAUGCAUGAGCUCUCCAUCUACGCGGUUGCAUGGAGCAAGCGUACUGGGUUAUUAGCUUCCGUCGGUGCAGAUGGACGCAUCGUGGUCUAUGAGGAGCGGUUCUUGACAACACCAGCACGAACGCUAGACACCGAUGCUCCUACAGAUACUUCUGCUAGUACAUCUCGAACUCAUACAGAAUGGGUAGCUAUUGCGAUAUUAGAGGGUGCCCAUGGCAUCUACGAGAUCAAUCAUGUUGCAUGGGCCAGGCGCGCGGACAGAUGCCGAAAAGAGAACGAGGAGGUCCUUGUCACAACCGCUGACGAUGGGAGUCUUAAGGUCUGGGCCCUUCGGAGAUAGCUCUUCGGGGUGUGAAGGAGAUCCCGAUGAUUUUUGCAGUGAGAGGUGAUUACAUGCCGGUUGAAUAUAUCGGACAGCCAGCGGAUAGAAAGGGUUGCGAAAUCGGCAUUGUAGAACACAAGAAAGUAGACAUCACUAAGUUGGAACAUUGGGAUCGAAACUCCAUCCACUGUAUUUGCGU